AUGGAUUCGCCAAAUUCUCCGAAUCCAUACAACAAUAUGAGUCUAGAGGAUAUCAUAAUUGCAGAGUGUACUGACGAUCAUGAUGAUCAAUAUUUCAAAGCGCUCAUGGAUGGGGGUAGCUCAACAAGACAAGGAAGAAAGAGAGCCCACAUUGAUAGGGGUCAUGUAGAAGGACACCAACGUUUGUUCGAUGACUACUUUUCUGAUGAACCGGUGUAUACAGAAUAUCAAUUUCGAAGAAGAUUUAGAAUGCGUAGACAUGUAUUCCUACGCAUAGUGCAAGCUCUAGAAAAUCAUUCGGAGUAUUUCCAUAUGAGGUUUGAUGCAGUCGGUAGAAGGGGGCUUUCACCAUUACAGAAGUGCACCGCUGCUAUGCAAAUGUUGGCAUAUGGAGCGCCUGCCGAUUAUGUUGAUGAGUAUGUUCGAAAAGGUGAAACUACCGCUAUUGAAUGUUUAGUCAAUUUUGUUCGAGGAGUGAAUGAUAUUUUUGGGACCGAAUAUUUAAGACAACCCAAUGAUGGGGACAUUCGUCGCUUACUUCAAAUGGGGGAGGUGCGUGGUUUUUCAGGCGUGUUGGGAAGCAUUGAUUGUAUGCACUGGGAAUGGAAAAAUUUCCCAGUUGCAUGGAAAGGCCAAUUCACACGAGGUGAUCACGACAGACCAACAAUCAUGCUCGAAGCAGUUGCGUCACAAGAUCUUUGGAUAUGGCAUGCAUUUUUUGGUGUUUCAGGAUCCAAUAAUGAUCUCAACGUGUUAAAUCAAUCCCCAAUAUUCACUGAUAUCUUACAAGGGCAAGCUCCAAGAGUUGAGUUUACGAUAAAUGGCACACAAUACAACAAGGGGUACUAUCUAGCAGAUGGUAUCUAUCUAAAGUGGGGUACAUUUGUUAAAACUAUCCCACUGCCUCAAGGAGAGAAAAGAAAAUUAUUUGCCCGAUGCCAAGAAGCGGUACGCAAAGAUGUUGAGCGAACAUUCGGAGUACUUCAAUCUCGUUUUGCUAUUGUACGAGGACCAACACGUUUUUGGCAAAGAGAUGUUCUCAAAGAUAUUAUGUAUGCAUGCAUCAUAUUGCACAACAUUAUUGUCGAGGAUGAAAGAGAUGCAUAUGAGAGUUUGUUUGAUUUUAAUUAUGAUGACGACCCCGCCGACACCCUAAUGAUUGAAGUAUUGCAUGGACCUAUUUCUGACUUCCCGAAAAUGCUUCAAAGAAAUGCUGAAAUUCGUGAUAGAAACAUUCAUCGCAAUCUUCAGGUGGACUUGGUAGAGCACAUAUGA